GAAUCAGACAAAAGCGAUAAGAGAACGAAAAAGCUUUGCCUUUCCAGGAUCAACACCAGUCUGCUGUCCGUUAUGUUCCUGAAGCGCGUUGGCAUUAACCUGAACCUUCCCGGAGUUGACACCGGAUUUGCGUUUGGGCCGCAGUGGGGAUUCGAUUCAAAGGUUCGCGGACCGUGGUUUCUACGUGAUUGCUAA